UUGAUGAUUUGGUGGAUGCAUGUUCUUCACUCUAUGUAUCAAUGUUUCUUUGCCAUUUGUACCACUAUAGCCUUGCGUAGGAAUCGCAUUAGUCGAAGGCCAUAUACGGUAGACUUCUAUGCUAAUAGAGUCCACUUACGAAACUUGGUGUAUAACAGUGACAUUACUUGUUAUAACCAGCUUAGAAUGAAUAGAGCCACAUUCGACAAGCUAUGUCUUAUGCUUGAUGUCAUAGGAGGUUUGAAACCAACCAAAAACAUGCUAGUUGAUGAGCAAGUGGCAAUGUUCUUACAUAUCCUUGCACAUCAUUUAAAAAAUAGAGUUAUACGAUUUUAUUUUGGGAGGUCUGGUGAAACUAUUAGUAGGUAUUUUAAUUUGGUCUUAACUUCUAUGAUGAAACUGAAUCGAGAGCUCCUAAAGAAACCUGAGCCAAUUGCUGAGGAUUCAAUAGACGAAAAAUGGAGGUGGUUUAAGGUAAUCUCAUAUCUUAAUUCAUAACUUUUAUUAAUGAUAUAAUUUAUCUAUUCUUUUAAUUAAUUAUUUGUUAUUUUCAGCAUUGUUUAGGUGCUCUUGAUGGAACCCAUAUUAAAAUGAAGGUGCCUAUGGCUGACAAAGCGAGAUAUAGAAAUCGAAAGGGGGAAAUAACUACUAAUGUGUUGGGAGUUUGCUCUCCGGAUGGACAAUUCAUAUAUGUCUUAACGGGUUGGGAAGGCUCAGCAGCUGAUGGUAGAGUUUUGCGAGAUGCUAUUAGUCGUAGGAAUGGUUUGAAAGUGCCUCAAGGCCAAUAUUACUUGGUUGAUGCGGGGUAUGCAAAUUGUGAAGGAUUUCUUGCCCCAUUUCGAGGUCAGCGAUACCACUUAAGUGAGUGGAGGGAUGGACGGCAGCCUUUAACUCCACGUGAGUGCUUCAACAUGAGGCAUUCAUCUGCGCGUAAUGUUAUUGAACGAUGUUUUGGAAUGUUGAAACUACGAUGGGCUAUUCUUAGGAGUCCUUCAUUCUACCCUGCUCAAGUCCAUAAUCGGGUCAUCAUAGCGUGUUGUCUCCUUCAUAAUUUGAUCCGUCGACAAGGAGAUGAUCCACUAGAUAUUGAGAUAGAGGCAUUGGAGACAACUACCAAUGAUAUGGAGAUACCUUAUAUUCAAACAAUUGAGACAUCAAAUGCAUGGGCUAACUUUCGUGAUACCUUGGCAAAUGAAAUGUUUGUUGAACUUAUGAGUCAUAGGGGUAGUAUGUGA